CAGAGACGCUGUGAAAAGGGGAGUGAGGAAAAAAUGAAUUGCAGAUUGAAGGACCUUCUCUCCUUCUCCCUCCCUCUUUUAUCUAUCUCAUCUGAAACCACGCCUCCCUCCUUUCACUUGUGUGUGCAUCUAUAACAGUAGGCUUUCAACGUCGGGCUAUGUGGGGGUUAGACUCUCAGACUGCCAGCAGAGCGGACACUAGGGCACAGGACAGGAGUGUGUCCAGGACUGGUCAGAGCAGGUGUGUGUGUGAACCGACGGACAGAGCUUUGUGUGUAUCCUACGUGUGUCUCCUCACUCGCUCCAACCAGGGACAUCGCUGCUGAGGAACACAGCUGGGAGACCUUGGUCUCUGAACACUGCAAGAGAACAUUUGAGAAGCAAAGGUGGAGUGAGGAAGCUGCGCCAGCAGCAGAGUGCCCCGUGCUACAGUGAAAAAGAGGUGAAGAACACAGGGUAGAGCCAUGGCAGGAUGGGGCCUCCUGCUCCUCCUCCUGUGGGUGGUCUCCUUGGCCCAGGGCUCGUCCUUGUUCUCUGGUCAGCGCCACCGCACCCGUCUGCAGAGGGACCGUCAAGCACGCAACAACGUCCGACCCAACAUAAUCAUCAUCCUCACCGAUGACCAGGACAUUGAACUGGGCUCAAUGCAGGCCAUGAAUAAGACACGGCGUAUCAUGGAGCAGGGAGGCACCCAUUUCUCUAACGCCUUCUCCACCACUCCCAUGUGCUGCCCGUCACGCUCCUCUAUUCUGACAGGGAAGUACGUUCACAACCACCACACCUUCACCAACAACGAGAACUGUUCCUCACCCUCCUGGCAGGCCCACCAUGAGCCUCACACCUUCGCUGUGCACCUUAACAACUCAGGGUACAGGACGGCAUUAUUUGGGAAGUACCUGAAUGAGUACAACGGCUCCUAUGUGCCCCCUGGCUGGAGGGAGUGGGUAGCGCUGGUGAAGAACUCUCGCUUCUACAACUACACUCUGUGCAGGAACAGCGUGCGGGAGAAGCAUGGCAGCCAAUAUCCAAAGGACUAUCUCACAGACAUCAUCACCAAUGACAGCAUCAACUACUUCCGCUCGUCCAAGAGGAUGUACCCCCACCGACCAGUGAUGAUGGUCCUGAGCCACGCUGCCCCCCAUGGGCCGGAGGACUCAGCACCACAGUACAGCACUGCCUUCCAGAAUGCGUCGCAGCACAUAACCCCAAGCUAUAACUACGCUCCUAACCCAGACAAACAUUGGAUCCUGCGCUACACAGGCCCCAUGAAACCUGUCCACAUGCAGUUCACGAACAUGCUGCAGCGCCGGAGGAUGCAGACCCUGCUGUCUGUGGACGACAGUGUGGACAAGGUGUACAACAUGCUGGUGGAGACAGGUGAGUUGGACAACACCUACAUUAUCUACACAUCAGACCACGGCUACCAUAUUGGUCAGUUCGGCCUGGUCAAAGGCAAGUCCAUGCCAUAUGAGUUUGACAUCCGGGUGCCCUUCUUCAUACGAGGCCCCAACGUGGAGGCAGGAGCCAUUAACCCUCAUGUGGUGCUGAACAUUGACCUGGCUCCCACACUGUUGGACAUGGCCGGAGUGGACGUUCCCUCUGACAUGGACGGCAAAUCCAUCCUUAAACUCCUGGACACAGACAAACCUGUCAACAGGUUCCAGGUGAACAAGAAGGGGAAGAUGUGGAGGGACUCCUUCCUGGUAGAGAGAGGGAAGCUGCUCCACAAGAGGUCUGAUGGGAAGGACUUGGCCCAGGAGGAGAACUUCCUGCCAAAGUACCAGCGGGUCAAAGACCUGUGUCAGAGAGCACAGUACCAGAGCUCUUGUGAACAGCCAGGACAGAAGUGGCAGUGUGUGGAGGACCCUUCUGGUAAGCUGAGUCUGUAUAAGUGUAAGGGCAUGGCAAGUCUCUAUGCCUCACGUAUGCAGGCUCUGAUGGCCAGCAGCGGGUCCCAGCAGUGGGUUGGACGUGUCUCCGAUGCUGGAGACAGCUGUGACUGUGGCCCCCUAGGUCCCAAACGUUCACCCCUGAAGAGGAAGAGACUGCUCACCAAGAAGAAGGUAAAGUCCGGUAAGAGUCUGACUAAGAACCGUUGGGCCCGGUCCGUUCCAUUUGAGCUGGAUGGAGACAUGUAUGCUGUGGACCUGGUUGAGGGCUACAGGCCCGUGGGCCUCAGGAACACCAGCUGGCCUGGGGAGAGGAGGAGAGGAGCGGGCCUGCUGGAGGACAACGAUGAGGAGUUCAGUGGCAUGGGAGUCACAGCCAGACCCCCAACCAACAAGAGCCUUACACCAACUGCCGCUCUUAAAGUCACCUACAGGUGCUCCAUCCUGAUGAAUGACACAGUCAGGUGUGAUGGAGGACUCUACAAAUCCCUCCAGGCCUGGAAAGACCAUAAGCUCCACAUUGAGCAUGAGAUUGAAACCUUGCAGACGAAAAUAAAGAAUCUGCGUGAGGUCAAGGGUCACCUGAAGAAGGUUCGGCCUGAAGAGUGCCAGUGUAACACCCCCGGUUACCUAUCCAAAAACAAAGGGAUGUUCAGACUCAAUGCAGGUCGCAUUUACUCACUCAGCAAAAUGCCCUCUAAGCAGAAGAAACAGUGGCUGAUGAAGGAGCAGAAACGCAGGAAGAAGCUCCGCAAACUGCUCAAGAGGCUCCGCAACAACGACACCUGCAGCAUGCCUGGUCUCACCUGCUUCACCCACAACAACCAGCACUGGCAGACAGCCCCCUUCUGGACAAUGGGUCCAUUCUGUGCUUGUACCAGCGCAAACAACAACACCUACUGGUGCCUGAGGACCAUCAACGACACACACAACUUCAUAUUCUGCGAGUUUGCUACAGGCUUCAUAGAGUACUUUGAUCUGAACAAUGACCCAUACCAGUUGAUAAAUGGGGUUAGCACCUUGGACCGCACUGCCCUCAACCAGAUGCACCAGCAGCUUAUGGAACUGAGGAGCUGCAAAGGCCACAAGCAAUGCAACCCAGAGACAGGUAGUAAAGACAGAAACUCCUUCAGUGAAUACAGGCCAGUUCAGCGUCGAAAGAAGCCAAAAGUGAAGAAGCCCUCCUCCAAAUCGCUAGGGCAGAUUUGGGAAGGAUGGGUUGGUUAGCAACCUGUGUCGCACAAUCCACCACAUCGCAGUGUGCCAACAGAGGACGACCAGAACUACUGGAGAACCUGAGGACCUUGUACAGACUUCAUGGGAAUGUAACCUGAAAUAGCAUUAUUGUAGGAGUUUAUGGAAGAGGAUGCUGAUCCAACAUUAGCUACCACUGAUACUCAGAUAAUCACCCAGAAGAGAAAAUACUGAAACAGCCAAGAAAAUUUAAACUAUAACCUCUCCCAUCGUCUUUCUCUGUCUCACACACACACACACACACACACACACACACACACACACACACACACACACACACACACACACACACACACACACACACACACACACACACACACACACACACACACACACACACACACACACCGACACACACACCGACACACACAUCGGCACACACUCACACAGGAAUGUCCUUACCACUCCUAUCUCCCCAGAUCUCAGGACCACCAACCUGAGUUGGAGACUCAUCAGUUGAGCGUGGAUACACUCUGAACCUUUACUUUGACGUUCAACAACCGCGCUGAGUGAACAGUGAACGUGAGGUGUGUUUAAUGUUAGUUUUCGGAAACGCCUUAACAUUGGGUGCCGAGAUUAGCUUAAUGUCAACUCUGCUGCUACCUGACGUGUAUCAUCCCUUAUGGCCUUGUGCCAUUAGUAUAUGGUAUAUGAUGUCAGGCAAUUACAUCAAGUCAAGCUUUGCACACUCACACCAUGAAAAGUACUGUCAACAAAACAUCAGUACCCUGAAAACUCUCCUCAAGGCACACAACUCAAGACUCCUCACCUCCUUUUGUUGGUGCUACGGCUACAGAAUGAUUCCCCCAGGACAUGUACUCCAUUCUUUUGUAUUGUAACUAAUAUUAACGUUGAUCAAAUGUCAUGCAAGGAUUAUUUACAGCCCCCAAGAGUGAGGCAGGUGUGAUGACGACAACACACCAGACUGUAUGGGGAUGAAGCUGGUUAGGAUAUGACACAUCACAUCAUCAUCUAGCUUAUCCCCCCUAGUUCACUUCAAACUCAGGAUGGGACUUCUCUAACCAAUACCCCACCCUCCUAGACAAUGGUACAAACAAUUGGUAUUAACAUCUUCACACCAGCAGAACACUUAUUUCAUUAGUGGAUGUCAUUUUACUCCUUUGUAUUGCGAAUGCCACCAGCUAGGUCUGGUCAGGUUAGUUUGUUCAGCUUGCUACACAUGGUGCUAUGAUAACAUUGUGAAAAUAAGGACUUGCUGUACAGUAUGUAUUUGAAUGUAUGUUGUGCAGUUAAUUUUUUAUAAUACUGAAAAGGAGGCAGACUUCUCUUUUGUGUUUGAUAUGAGUUGACAAACAUGACCUUUUAGAUAAGAACUUAGCCUGAUGAAUUGUCCUAGUUCUGUAUUUGUCCGUUUGUUCUCUCUGCACAAUUUUCUGAAUUUUUUCUCUGCUCUGUCAAAACCCACUUUUAGUUUGGAAAAAAAAACGUAUUUAUGAUGAAAAAGCACUUAGAAAAUAUUCACUGUGAAAAGAAUUCCCUGUAAAAUGACUCUGCUCGUCUGCUGUACACAACAGUAAACAACACAACAAUGUAAUGCAGCUUGACAUGUAUAUACAUUAUAUUGCCUUUUUUUGCUUUCUUCGUUUCUUAGCAGUGACACUCCCAUAGCAGAGAGUUGUAAUAGUGAGUAACUGUGAAUAAAGUGUUGAUUG